AUCUAAUUUUAUCAUACGUGGCAUUCACCAAGUGGGAAGCCUGAUGAACGGCUCCGAUCUUGCACAUGCAUUCGUGGAUGACACGUGUAAGGCGAGUGCAGUUGGUAUUCCCCUUUCCACUGUACAUAAUAUUGCGAAAAUCAAGGGUCAUAUUUAAUAGUUGUAUCCACGCUCUCUAACGGUCGUAUUUUUGAAUUCUUGAACUCGAAGCCCUAAACCCAAAAACCUCUCUCCCAAAUCCUCAAACAUAAAAAAGAAAAACAAAAGCACUCUAGUUGCAUAAAAAAAAUCCAGAAUCUGUCAAAGAAGAAGAAUCUCAAAAUAGAUCUUAGAAAAGGAAAGCUCCACCAUUUUUCGUGCGAUCUUAUGGCGAUUUGUGACCGUGAAGCGAUGGAAGAAGAACUGGAUUUGAGAGGAGAAGGGGAUUUUGUUGUUGUCAUAGAUUCGGAGACCGACGAAUAUGAUUCCGAUGAUUCGGAGGACGACCCGUCUUACGACGUGCUGGAAGAGACCCGUUCAGGCCGUUCUAAACUCUCAGAAAAGAAACCGAAGUCCCGUGCGGUUAGGGUUUCGAAAGACGUUCUUGAAGAGACCCGUUCCAGCCUUUCGAAGCUCUCAUUGAAGAAAUCCAAGUCCUGGGUUUCAAAAGAGGUCGAUUUGGGGGAUGAGGAGGCGACCGAGUCUUUUGAUGUGAAAGUUCCGGAACUCAACGAGAAGGAUGAGAAAUGUUUCGAGAUAGUUGAGGAGAUUAUUCGAGCUGGGCAGUUGGGAAAACUGAAAAUGGACCAAUGCAAGAUUUAUCUGAGGAAGUUCGGUUUGAGAUUAACCGGCAAGAAGGAAGUUCUUAUGGAGCGUAUUACAGAGCAUUUAGAGGUCAUAGAUGGGGGUGGUGAGAAGAAGUACCCCAUAUCUAGCUUUGUCCUAAAUUGCAAAGGUGAUGCAUGUACUGGAGAUGUGGUGAUGUUUGAACAAAACGUUUACGAAUUGUAUAGCAUAGUAUCUAGGAGUGCUACAGGCCCGCCGUGUGGGACCAGGAUCGUAGCCGGUCGUAUUGUGAAAGAGAGCUAUGGUGCUGCCAAGCAGCAGCAUACAUUUACUAUUGAAGUGCUCUGGAGCAAAGGAGAGAAACCACUGCCUCCUCUUCAUCCCCUCCUCAUUAAGGGAAGAAACCUUUACAGGCUCAAGACAAUGCGGCAGAGAUGGGCUGAUGAAGAGGAAAGGAGGAAGGUUUUGGUUGAGAAGCAUUCAAGAGGCUCUCAUGCUAGAUGUUCUAGAGAAACAAGAAUACAACAUAAGGAAAUGAGGAAGAUGCUUGGUGGCAGCAUAAGGAUAAAGGAAAAGGAGAACAUCAGCACCCACGAACGAAGAAAUCAUCAGCAACAAAACCCAAUUCAACAGAAGGAGAUUCGACAACCAAACCCAAUUCAACAACAACAACAUCCAAACAUAUGGACUGGAAGUCAUGAACAACAAAUCCCAAUUCACAGCAAUGGGAUUCGACAGCCAAUCCCAAUUCAACAACAACAAUCUCAUCCAAACAUAUGGACUGGAAAUCAUGAACAACAAAACCGAAUUCAUCGCAACGAGAAUCAACAGCCAAACAUUCAACAACAUCCAAACAAAUGGACUCACAGUUCUGAACCACAAAAACCAGUUCACAGCAACGAGAAUCGACAGACAAACAUUCAACAACAGCAUCCAAACAUAUGGAAGGGUAGCUAUGGUUCUGCUAAUCGGAGUGAUCAAAACCCGUUAGUGGGCGGGAAUUGCGUUAAUACCAUGUGGGGCCUUCGGGCAAGCUCGACACAACGGCAGCUGUGCCCUUUCUACCCACGGGGAAGGUGUUGGUAUGGAGAUGCCUGCAAGUACCUGCAUGAGUAA